AUGAGAAUUAGUCUCCUUACCGCCGCUGCUGCUCUGGUAGCAACCACAGCUGCUGUUCCCCACGUGAAGGCACGCCGCAGCAGCCCGUCUUCGUCACUCGUGAUUCAGGGAAGCGCUGCCGCUUCAACAACAACACCGGCCCCGUCUUUGGCAUUCGGGAUCAAGGAAAAGGCUGACGCUACAACCACAACAUCGGCCGCGUCGACAUGUACUGCAGGCGAUACCUCGACCACUGAUGGCGUCCAAGCAAUUUUGGAUUCCACUGGCGCGAUCGACUGGCUGGACAUUAUGUUGAGUGUCAUGCCAGAGGGCGAGACAGAUUGGGUCAACAACAUUUGGAAGAUUGUCUUCCCUAACGAGGGUACCUCCCCUCUAACUGGCUGUGGUGAUAUCGGAGGGGACUGCAAUCCCGAUGAUAUGUGCUCUGACUAUUCCACCGUGAUGGCAUACUGGACCCUGCGCUCCGUCGGUAUCCUUCACAGCAAAAUCAAUUCUGUCCGCGACCAGUUGCUCUGGACGGGAUGGUUGGAUGGUCUAUCGAUCGAUCAGAUCGCCAAGGAUUUCUCUAGUGUCUCGCCUUCUCAGGAAUGGGCCAAGUGGAUCUCUGCUGCGUUUAGUAUGGCUGGUGGUAUUGCGACUGGUAUCGAUUUGAAUAAGCCUCUGCGUGGCAUGAUUGGCUUUGCUGCUGCGGGCCUCACCGAUGUGUCGCUCACGAACGGAGCAUCUGAUGCAGUUGACACCACUUCUGUGGAAAACACUCUCCGGAACAUCGUCGGUGCCGCUGGCAACUAUGUUGCUAGUAUCUUGACCAAUGCCACCGGCGGAGGUGACUCGACCACCCUUCCUAUCUACACAGAGUCCACUCUUCAGCAUGGCACUGCCCGGUUCUUCUCGGACAACACUAUCCUCCUCGACGAGAGCAGUGAUAACUCAUCCUUCAUUGCAGCUUACAGCACCUUUGCCGACAAUGUCGAGAAAAUGCUGGUGGAUACCGCCAUGAAGACGGCGUGGUAUGUCCUUGUUGGUGAAUCAGGCACCGAGGAAACUGACUGCACCAUGACCGGUGCCUACUGGCUCGAGGCUAAGAGCGGCGAAUACCGCUGCUUCUACUUGUCCCGGCCCGAGAGUUCCGCAGACUGUACUAACAAUGACCCGAAUACUUGUGUUUCCGAUGCCUGGCAGCAGCCCUACGGUGCGAACAACAAAAUGGACACCGGCGUUUAUACCAAAUUGACCGACACCUAUGGCUUUGACUUGCAGGCAUACUAUAUAUCGCUCAUCGAUUGUUACCUCAAUGGUAACGGUGAAGUCGAUGUGACAGCCACGACGAAUAACGGCCAGAUUCCUCGCUGCUUCUAUAACGGCUAUGUGAGGAGCGGAUAUUGGUACAAUGAUGGAACGAGUAUGCUGAACCUGUAUUUCGACGAUUUCUAA